CUAGCUAGGGUUUGUAUUGCACCCUCCUAUAUAUGUUUGUUAGAGCCUGCCUCUAUCCCCUCUUGCAUUGCUGCAACGGCGAAUUGCUGAAACCCUAACUCCCCGAGCAAAGCAGCAACAAUGGCGUCUACCAAAGCUUUGUCGACGAAAGAGGCCGAUGUUCAGAUGAUGUUGUCUGCUGAAGUUCAUCUCGGCACCAAGAACUGUGAUUUCCAGAUGGAACGUUACGUCUUCAAGCGCCGCAACGACGGAAUUUACAUUAUUAACCUUGGAAAGACAUGGGAGAAGCUUCAGAUGGCUGCCAGAGUGAUUGUGGCAAUCGAAAAUCCUCAAGAUAUCAUUGUUCAAUCUGCCAGGCCAUAUGGUCAAAGAGCUGUGCUUAAGUUUGCUCAGUACACAGGGGCACACGCCAUUGCUGGUCGUCACACUCCCGGUACUUUCACCAAUCAGCUUCAGACGUCUUUCAGUGAGCCCCGUCUUCUUAUCUUGACUGACCCACGAACCGACCACCAGCCAAUCAAAGAGGCUGCACUAGGGAAUAUCCCGACAAUUGCUUUUUGUGAUACCGAUUCUCCAAUGAGAUAUGUUGAUAUCGGUAUUCCUGCUAACAACAAGGGGAAACACAGCAUUGGAUGCUUGUUUUGGCUUCUAGCUAGAAUGGUUUUGCAAAUGCGCGGUGUGAUCAACCAAGGGCACAAGUGGGAUGUCAUGGUUGAUCUAUUUUUCUACAGGGAACCAGAAGAAGCAAAGGAAGAACAAGAAGAUGAUGUGGCAGCUGCAGCUGAUUAUACAGAUUAUGGGGCUGGUGCCCUCGGCAUGGGUGACCAAUGGUCUGCUCAAAUUCCAGAUGCUCAAUGGUCAGCUGACGUGGCACCACCACCGAUUGCUGGUGCUCCUGUUGCAGGUGGAUGGACCGGUGCUGACGCUCCUGUGGCUGGUGCGGAUGGCUGGGAAGCGGUGGCUGCCCCUGUACCUCAAGCUGAAGGUGCUGCAACGGGCUGGGAAUGAACGGAAGCUGCCUCUUGUUAAACUUUACCUUUUAGUGUUUAAAAGCGAACAAUUUGGAACUAGUUUUUUUUAUAACGAGUAUUGGAAUGUUGAAAUUUUGUGGUUUUGGUAAUGGAAGAGUUUUAUUUUGCUUUUA